AUGCAGCUCAAGUCUCUGUUCCCCCAACAAGUUGCUACCCCAAAUGCAUCAGAGCUGUCAAAAAGUCAGCAUAGUGAAUUAAUCUCAAGGGUUGAGACACAACUAGAACAUACCUCACUGCAGCAAGGUAUUGACUGCCAGGCGCAGAAGCCCAACUCCCCAAUACCAUCUUGGAGUCAGGUUCUUAAAUCUAGUUUGGAUGGAGAAGCUUCAAAGACCUUCAACGGAACCCAAAUUGCAGGUAUGAAACUCAAAUACUAUGAACCACUAAAAGAGAAUGAGAG